UGCAAACCUAGAUGAAGAGAGAGAGGGUGAGAGGAGGGAGAGAGAGACAAGAGACUGGGCAAAUCUGCUUGUUCCUGCAACUAGAAGGGAGCGAUUUUAUCAUCUUCUCAUCCUCUCUCCUUCAGACCGAAACUUAAAUCUCCUCUCUUCAGGAUAACAUUUUUUGAGAUGUCUUUUAUAUUGGCAGCUCUUGACAAACUGGCUUUUUUUUUGUCUCUGAUAUCAUUUUGUGUCAGUCUGUCUUAUAGCUGGCUUAAAUGAGCACUAACUUCUGUGUUUGAAAAAUGUAUUCACUUUUUUUUGCAUUUUUGGCUGAUUGCAUGUGAAUUGAGAGAGCUUUUUAUUUUGGGAUGCACCUUUGAUCUGCAUCGGCUCUGAAUACUUUGGAAGUUGACCACUCUAAGUAUAACUGGUGAAAAAUGGACCCCUAUGAAAAUAAGAGGAUGGCACAACACAGUGUGUUGAGGGUAUGUCAGAUUCUGCUGUUGGCACUGUGCAUCUGUGCAAGUGAAGAUUUUGAUUGGACCAAAAAUGAAAAGGGAUCAUUUUACUAUGGCACAUUUCCUUCAGGAUUCUCUUGGGGCGCUGGCAGCUCAGCAUAUCAAACAGAAGGAGCAUGGGACAGAGAUGGAAAAGGAAAGAGCAUCUGGGAUGUGUUUUCCCAUAAGAAAGGGAACAUUCACCUGAAUGACACGGGUGACUCAUCCUGUGAAGGCUACUACAAAGUCAAGGAUGAUAUCUCACUGAUGAAAGACAUGAAGCUGAACCACUAUCUCUUUUCCAUCUCCUGGCCAAGGAUUCUGCCCAGUGGCAUUAAGACUGAAUACAUUAAUGAGAAAGGGAUAGAGCACUAUGGUAACCUGAUUAAUAUGCUUCUGGAGAACAGGAUCACACCAAUUGUGACGCUCUACCACUGGGACUUACCACAGGUUCUGGAGGAGAAAUAUGGAGGUUGGCAAAAUGCAAGCAUGGUCAACUACUUUAAUAAUUUUGCCAACCUGUGCUUUGAGAGAUUUGGCAACCGAGUCAAACACUGGAUCACCUUCAACAAUCCUUGGUCUGUUGCAGUAGAGGGUUAUGAAACUGGGGAACAUGCUCCUGGACUGAAGCUGAGAGGUACUGGAGCCUAUAAUGCUGCCCACAAUAUCAUUAAGGCUCAUGCUAAAGUCUGGCACACAUAUGAUGCCCAGUGGCGAAACAAGCAGAAAGGUAUGGUGGGCAUCUCACUGUCUGCUGACUGGGGAGAACCAGUAGAUGUCACCAACAAACAAGAUAUAGAUGCUGCUGAAAGAUAUGUUCAGUUCUACCUGGGAUGGUUUGCCACGCCACUCUUUAAUGGAGACUAUCCGCAAGUAAUGAAAGACUACAUAGGCAAAAAGAGUGCCCAGCAAGGCCUGAGUAGCUCUCGUCUGCCUAUUUUCAGCCCUCAGGAGAAAAGUUAUAUCAGAGGCACCUGUGACUUUCUGGGCAUCGGCCACUUCACUACUCGCUACAUCACACAGAAGAAUUUCCCCCUCAACCAUGGCAGCAGCUACUUUACUGACCGUGACCUUGCUGACCUGGUGGACCCACGCUGGCCUGACCCUGGAUCAGAGUGGCUCUACUCUGUGCCAUGGGGCUUCCGCCGUCUGCUCAACUUUGUGAAGACACAGUAUGGAGACCACAUGAUAUACGUGACAGGAAAUGGCGUAUCGGAGAAGAUGAUGUGCACAGAUCUUUGUGAUGACUGGAGAAUGCAGUACUUCAGGGAGUAUGUCAACGAAAUGCUCAAAGCGGUUAAAGAUGGAGUGAAUGUGAAAGGUUACACGGCUUGGUCAUUGCUGGACAAGUUUGAAUGGGAUGAAGGCUACUCUGAGAGAUUUGGCCUGUACUAUGUGGACUUUGGAGGCAAAAAUAAACCACGCUACCCAAAAGCUUCAGUUCAGUAUUACAAACGCAUCAUCAGCUCUAAUGGUUUCCCCAAUCAAAGAGAGAUUGAAAGCUGGAAAAGAAAGUCAAUGGAAACAUGCAUCUCAAGUAACCAGCUCCUUGCGGCAGCUAGAAGAAAAUCCAAGGAAAACAAGGAACAUGCAGGCUUGCCAAAGGUUUGGCCUGUGCAUGAUGAAGUUUAGGUACAGGAUUGACAUGUUGGUAUUCUGGGGAUCCACUGAUCAGCCACAUGGAGAUGGUCACAGAGAUUGUUGUCCCCACUGUGUGCACUUUCUGCAUUCUCCUCAGUGCGGUUUUGCUCAUGUUUUUGCUGAGAACACGAAUAUAAAUUGAACGCUUCACAGCUAAUCGACUAAAUUUUUUCACAUGAUGUGUCCACAGCAUUUCUCGUUUUCUUAUUAUUUAGAUAUUUCUUAUUAUUUAAAUAUACUAUUAUUAAAUAAUUGACAUGCAGAGACUACAUGUUUACAUGUCAUAUCAAAUAAAGAAAUGGUCCAAAUGUGCAUCUGUGUUGAAUUGUUGGACCAUCUAAACAUCUCAGCUCAAAUUACUCAAGAGGAUAAAUUGAGAUUUGGGUGUCUGAUAUGAGGAGAGAAAGUUUCAGAAAGUUUUUAAAAGCAAUAUU